AUGGGCUCUGAGGACAUGGAGGAUCUCCCCAGCUGCUCUGUGCUCUGCCACCUCCCCUCCCUGCUCCUCCUCAUCCAGCUGCCCACUGGCUGGUCCGCAGAAGAUCUUGCCCAGAUUCAGAGUCAUCACAGCUCAAUCCAUCAGUUCAGCGGUCAUCUCAUCCAACACCAGGGCCUUCCCACCUGAUGGUGUGUGCUCCCUGCCCUUGGUCUGUGUCUCUUCUCCUUUCUCAUUCCUAUGUCUGUGUCCACAGAGGAGUUCUUGGUGAUUGGCCCCUUGGAUCCCACUGUGGCAGUGCUGGGCGGAGAUACCUUGCUGCCCUGCUCCCUGUAUCCGGCCAUAAGUGCAGAGGACAUGCAGCUGAGGUGGUACCGCUCCAAUUUCUCAGAAGCUGUUUUCAUCUAUCAAAACCAACAGGAGCAGGAGGGGGAGCAGAUGGCUCGCUACGCAGGGCGGACCUCGCUGGUGGGAGACUUCCUCCACCAGGGGGUGGCUGCUGUGCGUAUCCACAACGUCCAGGCUUCUGACAAUGGGCUGUACACCUGCUUCUUCAGAAAGGGAGGCUUCUAUAAAGAGGCCAGUAUGGAGCUGAAGGUGGCAGGUGUAGGCUCUGCCCCUCAGGUGCGCAUCACAGGGCCCGAGGAGGACGGGGUCCGCGUGGUGUGCACGGCCUUGGGGUGGUUCCCGAAGCCCCAGGUGCAGUGGAGAGACCUCAGCGGAGGCAAGUUCCUGGAGUUCUCCGAGGCUCACGCCCAGGACGCUGAAGGGCUGUUCAGCGUGGAGGCGGCUCUGGUGGUGAGAGACAGCUCUGCGGGAAACGUGACCUGCUCCAUCCUCAACCCUGUCCUGGGCCAGGAGAAGGCCAUGGCCAUGUUCAUCCCAGAGCCCUUCUUCCCCCGGGCCUCUCCCUGGAAGCUGGCUUUUUCGGUGAGCCUGGCUGUGCUGAUGUUCCUGCUCCUUGGGGCUGGAUGGUACACCAAGAGAGAACAUUCCAUGAAACUGUGGGAGAUGCAAGAAAAGGAGAAGAUGCGGCGGGCUAGGGAGGAGGACCGACAGACAAAGGCGAAGGCGCGGAAGGACACAGAUGAACUCCAGGCAGAACUCGACAAGAGGAAAUCUGCUUACCUGGCUGCCUGGAGGAAGGCCCAGCUGUACGUGGAUUGGUGGAAGGAGAAGUUCCAGGCCUGUGAGUGA